GUGUGUUGAAGACAAUGGAGUCUGCCAGGUGAGGUGGGUGGGUCUGAAAGUUCUCUCUUUGCAGGUCGCUUUCUCUUUUACUGUGUUGAGUAAGGGAUUUACCAGUUACCACAACCAAGCAAAGCAAUGCAGCAUUAGCCAUUCCGAUUCCAAUCACAUACGAACAUAUUGCAAUUACAAAUGCUCUCUUUAGACUCUCUUCAUUCACUUUUUCUUCUUCCCUUCAGCUUCAAACCCCCCUAACUACUGCCUUUUCCACCUUUUUGUUUCCCGCACUUAACCCAUCUUCUAUUCACUAAUCUCUCUUAACUUCCAUUCCUCAACACUGAUAUUUUUCCUAUUUAUAUUUUGUCAUCUUUCAUCAAAUUGUUAGAAAGGACCAAAAACAAGUUCUUCUGUCAUCUAAGCUGGAGCAUCAAAAUCCCAUCACUUUGCUUUCUUCUUUCUGCACAAUCUGGAUUUUCCUUUCCUUUUUCCCAACUGAAUUUGUACUUGGUUGUACUAUUCUCCUUCAAACUCAGAUCAAGUUGCUUUCUUUCUCUGGAUCAAGCUCGCUAUUUGCUUCAUUUUCAUUGACCCUUUUGCUUUAAAUACCCGUCACUCAUAUAUUACCAGUCAAUGAUGACUUUCGGGAGAAAACCCCAUUUGGGGUUGCUUCUCUUUCUUCUCCACCUUCACUUCAGCACCUGUUACUCCACAGAACCUAUGAACUGUACGGACACAGGCCGCGUUUGCACUUCUUUCAUUGCUUUCAAGCCUGAGCCAAACCAAACGCUUGCUCUGAUUCAGAGCAUGUUUGAUGUGUUGCCUGGUGACAUCACAGUUGAAGGCAAUGGAUGGGGUUAUGUGUUCAUAAGGAAGAAUUGUUCUUGUGCUGCGGGUAUCAAAAAAUACUUGUCCAAUACCACGUUCACUGUGAAGUCCAAUGAGGGGUUGGUGUAUGACGUGGUGAUGAGUGCCUAUGAUGGCCUUGCUGUCCUUCCCAACACAACCAGGAGGGCCAGGAACGGUGCUGUUGUGUCUCUGAGGUUGUUUUGUGGCUGCUCCAGUGGACUGUGGAACUAUUUGGUCAGUUAUGUGAUGAGAGACGGGGAUAGUAUUGAGUCCUUGGCAAGCAGGUUUGGGGUUAGCAUGGAUAGCAUUGAGAGUGUGAAUGGCAUUAGUAAUCUGGAUAAUGUCACAGUUGGUUCACUUUAUUACAUACCACUUGAUUCUGUUCCUGGUGAUCCUUAUCCCCUGAAUAAUGCUGCUCCACCAGUUCCUGUUCCUGCUCCAUCCUUUGAUAAUUUUUCAGCUGAUCAAGUUGACCACAAGGCUCAUGUACCCUACGUAUGGAUCAUUGGGGGCUUAGGAGUUGGUCUAAUUCUAAUUGUCUUAACUGUGAUUCUCUGUGUUUGUAUGAGAUCAUCAAAUUGUUUUGCUGAUGAUGCCAGAACUCAUGAGAAAGAUGCUGAGGGCAAAAUUUCUCAUAAAUUCCAUAUUCUGAGGAACCCAAGUUUUUUUUGUGGUUCUGGAAGGUACAUAUGUGGCAAGCAUGUUGAACAGAAGCAAACAGAUGCUGAAUCCAGCAAUCACACGAUAACCAUUCCAAAAGCCUCAACUCUUGGGCCUGAAGUAUUUGAAAUGGACAAGCCUGUUGUCUUUACAUAUGAAGAGAUUUUCUCCACAUCUGAUGGUUUCUCUGACUCAAAUCUACUUGGUCAUGGAACAUACGGUUCUGUUUAUUAUAGCCUCCUUCGUGAUCAGGAAGUUGCUAUUAAAAGAAUGACUGCUACUAAAACAAAAGAAUUUUUGUCAGAGAUGAAAGUUUUGUGCAAGGUUCAUCAUGCUAAUCUGGUAGAAUUGAUUGGCUAUGCAGCUAGUCACGAGGAGCUUUUCUUAGUUUAUGAAUAUGCUCAGAAGGGUUCACUUAGAAGCCAUUUGCAUGAUCCUCAAAGUAAGGGUCAUUCCCCACUUUCUUGGAUCAUGAGGGUGCAAAUUGCGCUUGAUGCUGCCAGGGGCCUUGAAUACAUACACGAGCACACCAAAACUCAUUAUGUACACCGUGAUAUCAAGACCAGUAACAUAUUACUUGAUGCUUCCUUUAGAGCAAAGAUUUCAGAUUUUGGGUUAGCAAAACUUGUUGGGAAAGCAAACGAGGGAGAAAUUUCAACUACCAAAGUUGUUGGUACAUAUGGAUAUCUUGCCCCAGAAUAUUUGAGUGAGGGUCUUGCGACAACUAAAAGUGAUGUCUAUGCAUUUGGUGUUGUCCUUUUUGAGAUUAUAUCAGGAAAGGAGGCCAUCAUUCGAUCAGAAGGCACAACAACAAAAAAUCCUGAAAGACGUUCAUUGGCAUCUAUAAUGCUGGGUGUUCUCAGGAAUUCACCUGACUCCAUGAGCAUGUCAAGCUUGAGAGAUUAUAUUGAUCCAAAUAUGAUGGAUUUGUAUCCCCAUGAUUGUGUAUUUAAGCUGGCUACACUGGCAAAGCAAUGUGUGGAUGAGGACCCCAUCUUACGACCUGAUAUGAGACAAGUAGUGAUUUCCCUCUCACAGAUUCUUCUGUCUUCUGUUGAAUGGGAAGCAACUCUUGCUGGAAAUAGCCAGGUUUUCAGUGGCCUUGUUCAGGGAAGAUAGUUUACACAACCAGAUUCAUUCUUUUUCAUUUUUUUCUCUCUGUAUCCAGCUCUAUACCUUUUUGGUUGGUUGAUGAUAGUGAUGGAUCCAUAGGAACAGGAACAUGUCGGUCAAUAUCCAUUUUUGGCCAUUUAUUUUGCUUAAUGUCUUAUGGGCCAUACCUUGAUUUUUGUGUAGAAAAUUUUGGAUGUAUUUUAGAGUGUGAUAACGAAGCUAAGGAAGGAUCUGAUAAUUUAUUGUUCUGUGAUUUGUAAUGAUAUAAGUUGUAAUUCGACAUUGAACUAUGCUAUAUUCUUUGAUUCCUUGCA